GCGCUAGGAUGAGCUCGCCCGUGGACCCCAGGAUCAAACAGGCGCUGCGGAAGAAGCCCGCGGAGCGGAGCGCCGAGGACUUGAGCACUAUCUAUUCCUUCCUUCAUGGACUGGACAUCCUCUCGCAUUUCAGGGAACAUCAGUUAAGAAUAAUGUCAUCGAGCGCCCGCUAUGAGCGGUACAAGGGCAACCAGGUUCUCUUCUGCUCAGAAACUAUAGCAAGAUGCUGGUACAUCCUGCUUUCGGGGUCUGUGCUGAUGAAGGAUUCCAUGUUUUUGCCACCUUGCAGUUUUGGCAAGCAGUCUGGAGGAAAACGGGGAUGCGAAUGUAUCAUCCUGGAGCCUUCAGAAAUGAUUGUGGUGGAGAACUCCAAGGAGAAUGAGGAGAGCAUCCUGCAGAGRGAGGUCCCCGGCAGGCAGUCCCGCCGCAGGUUCCGGAAGAUCAACCAGCGGGGGGAACGACAGACCAUCACGGACAACGUGGACACCAGCAGCUACCACUCGCUGCCGGCGGAUCUUACCAAGAUGCACCUUACGGACAACCCGCACCCGCAGGUCACCCAUGUCCCGUCGAGCCAGUCGGGCUGCAGCAUCGCCAGCGACUCGGGGAGCAGCAGCCUCUCCGACAUUUAUCAGGCUACAGAAAGUGAGAUGGGAGAUGUUGAUUUAACAGGUCUUCCAGAAGCACCUGUAGACUCUGAAGAUGAAGAAGAAGAAGAAGAUGAAGAUAUUGACAGAACUUCAGACCCACUUCUCGGGCGAGAUGUUGUACGAGAGUGCCUUGAGAAAGAGCCUGCAGAUAAAACAGAUGAUGAUAUCGAGCAAUUACUGGAAUUCAUGCAUCAGCUCCCUGCCUUCGCAAACAUGACUAUGUCCGUAAGAAGGGAACUUUGUUCUGUGAUGAUAUUUGAAGUGGUCGAGCAAGCAGGAGCCAUCAUACUGGAAGAUGGGCAAGAACUCGAUUCUUGGUACGUUAUUUUAAAUGGCACAGUGGAAAUCAGCUAUCCUGAUGGGAAGAGCGAGAGCCUCUGUAUGGGCAAUAGUUUUGGGAUUACUCCCUCUCUGGACAAGCAGUACAUGAAUGGUGUGGUUAGAACCAAAGUUGAUGAUUGUCAGUUUGUGUGUAUAGCCCAGCAAGACUACUGGAGGAUUCUGAACCAUGUGGAAAAAAACACCCAUAAAGUGGAGGAGGAAGGAGAAAUUGUUAUGGUGAAGGAACACAGGGAGCUGGAUCGCAGCGGCACCAGGAAAGGGCACAUAGUUAUCAAGGCGACUCCUGAGCGGCUCAUCAUGCAUUUAAUAGAAGAGCAUUCCAUUGUGGAUCCCACCUACAUAGAGGAUUUCCUCUUAACAUACAGAACUUUUCUAACAAGCCCCUUAGAAGUUGGGAAUAAGCUGCUGGAGUGGUUCAAAGUGGACAGCCUCAGGGAUAAGGUUACCAGAGUGGUAUUACUGUGGGUGAACAACCAUUUUAAUGACUUUGAAGGCGAUCCUGCUAUGACCCGAUUUCUGGAAGAAUUUGAAAAAAACUUAGAAAAUACGAAGAUGAAAGGACAUCUCAGACUGCUGAAUAUUGCUUGUGCUGCCAAAGCGAAAUGGAGACAAAUUACCCUGCAGAAACCUUCCAGAGACUCACCACUCUUCUUCAGCCUCCUCGGAGGAAGUGAUAAAGGUUUUGGUAUCUUUGUAGAGACUGUGGAAGCGGGCAGUAAAGCAGCAGAAGCUGGACUUAAGCGUGGUGAUCAGAUAAUGGAAGUAAAUGGACAGAAUUUUGAGAACAUCACAUUUGCAAAAGCUCUGGAAAUCCUAAGGAACAAUACACAUCUCUCCAUUACUGUCAAAACAAACAUUUUUGUGUUCAAAGAGCUGCUUUGCAGGAUAGGACAAGAAAAGAACGGCAUCCCCCAUAUUCCCAAAAUUGCAGAGAAGAAAAACAACCGUUACUCCAUCCCAGAUAUGCCUGGAGAUGUGGAGCAGAUGUUUCCACGUGAAAAAGCAAACAAGAAAAUCAAAGCUAACACUGUAUCUGGUGGGAGAAACAGAAUCAGGAAAAUUUUAGACAAGACACGCUUCAGCAUCUUGCCUCCAAAACUGUUCAGCGACGGCAGCGUGAGCCAGUCGCAGGACGACAGCAUCGUGGGCACGCGCCAGUGCCGGCACAGCCUGGCCAUCAUGCCCAUUCCUGGCACGCUCUCGUCCAGCAGCCCGGACCUGCUGCAGCCUACAACGAGCAUUCUGGAUUUCUCUAACCCUUCAGCUGUUGGGUUUUACUAUAUUCCGGAUCAAGUAAUCCGAGUUUUCAAAGCGGACCAGCAGAGCUGCUACAUUAUCAUCAGCAAGGACACUACAGCCAAGGAGGUGGUGAGCCACGCGGUGCACGAGUUCAACCUGACGGGAGCCCCGGACACCUACUCGCUCUGCGAGGUCUCCGUGAGCCCCGAGGGGGUCAUCAAGCAACGGAGGCUUCCCGACCAGUUCUCCAAGCUUGCAGACAGGAUUCAGCUCAACGGGCGGUAUUACCUGAAAAACAACAUGGAGACGGAGACGCUCUGCUCSGAUGAGGAUGCUCAGGAGUUGCUGAGAGAGAGCCAAAUUUCCCUCCUGCAGCUCAGCACCAUUGAGGUUGCCACGCAGCUUUCCAUGAGGGACUUUGAACUGUUUCGGAAUAUUGAGCCCACGGAGUACAUUGAUGACCUUUAUAAGCUGGACUCCAAAACAGGAAACGCUCGCCUAAAACAGUUUGAGGAUGUCAUAAAUCAAGAGACCUUCUGGGUUGCCAUGGAAAUUUUAGCAGAGCCCAACCAACUCAAGAGAAUGAAGAUUAUUAAGCAUUUCAUUAAAAUUGCCCUCCACUGUCGAGAAUGCAAGAAUUUCAAUUCCAUGUUUGCGGUUAUCAGCGGGUUAAAUCUAGCACCAGUAGCACGUCUCAGGGGUACGUGGGAAAAGCUACCAAGCAAGUAUGAAAAGCACCUCAGAGACCUUCAAGAUCUUUUUGAUCCAUCUAGAAACAUGGCAAAAUACCGCAACAUCCUCAGCAGUCAGAGCAUGCAGCCUCCAAUUAUUCCCCUCUUCCCUGUUGUCAAGAAGGAUAUUACAUUUCUACACGAAGGAAACGAUUCCAAGGUGGAUGGCCUGGUGAACUUUGAGAAGCUGCGGAUGAUCGCCAAGGAGAUCCGCCAGGUGGUGAGGAUGACCUCGGCGAACAUGGACCCGGCCGUGAUGUUCAGGCAAAGGAAGAAGAGGUGGAGAAGUUUGGGGUCCCUGAGCCAGGGCAGUACAAACUCCAACAUGCUCGACGUCCAGGGAGGUGCCCACAAGAAACGGGCCCGACGCAGCUCGCUCCUCAACGCCAAGAAGCUCUACGAGGAUGCCCAGAUGGCCAGGAAGGUGAAGCAGUACUUGUCCAACCUCAAUGUAGAAACGGAUGAGGAAAAGAUCCAAAUCCUGUCGCUUCAGUGUGAGCCUGCAUAUAGCACUUUGACAAAGAAUUUAAGYGAGAGAAGAGGGGCAAAAUCCUCAGAAAUGUCUCCAGUACCGAUGCGAUCAAUUGGCCAAAGCACUAAAGCCCAUCAGCAUCAGCAAAACAGAAUGAGCCAAGUGCUGCAGGUUCCGUCCGUGAAUUUAUACCCCAGCCGCAAAAAGGGACUGACGAAGGAGCACGUCACGUUCAGCACAGGCUCCCCACAGAAGUCACUAAGUUUGUCGGAGGAAGUGAGUACCAAGAAGCAAACAGAUGACACUCUGUCUAUGGCAUCUUCUUUGCACUCCAGCCCGCCGGCUUCUCCGCAGGGCUCUCCCCGCAAAGUUGGAAACAUCCAGAGGGCUGACAACUGCAGUCAGCUGAAUCUGUCYGGGUCGUCCUCGUCCCUUGCCAGUGAAGCCAGCAACAAGAACAGCGGACAGCGCAGCUACGGAAUAGGCUAUGCCCUCAUACCUUCCACCAAGUCGGAUAACUUCUCGGAUUCGAGCCAUAGCGAGAUCUCCUCRCGCUCCAGCAUCGUGAGCAACUGCUCGGUGGACUCCAUGUCGGCGGCGCUGCAGGACGAGCGGGGCCUGGCCCAGGCCCUCCUGGUCGGCGACUCCGCGGGGCCCGAGCGCAAGGAGCAGCCGCAGCCGCUCGCCGACUACUCGCAGCCGUGCCCGGGCUGGUCGCUGAGCAGGCCCGCGCUCAUCCGAGGGAUGGCGUUCACGUCGUCCAUGAGCAGCGAGGAGAUCUCCCACGAGCACAUCCUGGUGGAGGCGGCGGACAGCGGCCGCGGGAGCUGGACAUCGUGCUCCAGCAGCUCCCACGACAACUUCCAGAACAUCCCCAACCAGAAGAGCUGGGACCUCCUCAAUUCCUACCGUCACACCCAGCUGGAUGGACCUAUUGCUGAAGUCGACCCCACAAAUUGCUAYUCUGAGGAGGCUUAUUUAUAUUCUGAACCCUAUUCCAAAAAUAACAGGCAGUCCAAAGCCAACCUGGAAGCGGAUCAGUCCCGGCAGAGCUGGGCCUCCUCGAGCUCCCUCUCGGACACGUAUGAGACAAACUAUGGGACAAUUAAGCGGAGGGGGCUGGAGACGCCGGCCACGGAGCAGACGGAGGUUUUGGACUCUAAAGCAGGCACCGACACAACUUACAAAACUGUUACUUCAAGUACAGAAAAAGGCCUCAUAGUGUACUGUGUCACCUCACCUAAGAAGGACGAUAGGUAUAGGGAGCCACCGCCCACCCCUCCGGGCUACCUGGGCAUUUCUUUAGCGGACAUAAAGGAAGGAUCGCCCCACCACCCGCACCUCAAACCUCCCGACUAUAGUGUGGCCGUGCAGAGGUCAAAGAUGCUGCACGGCGACCUCUCUAGACUCUCGGCAGCUCCUCUCGGUAGUGACGCGGUGGCCUCUAUGUCCUCGAAGAUGCCUCCGUGGCAUAGUCGGCAGCCGGCCAGCCCCCAGCUAGCAGAUGUGCCUGGCGCAGAUAGUGAAGAGGAUGAAGACGAGCAGGUUUCAGCAGUGUAGGGCUGCCGCCGGGAGCGCUCCGGAGCCGCGGGCCCGUCCCGCCGGCCGCGCCGACCGCUCGCU